UCAUUUGUCUGUUGGGAUCAAUGAGUUGCAGGGUGAGCUGCACAAUUUAGUCAAUGAAGAAGGAGCAUCAAUCCAUAUGAUUAAGUGUGGAGUGAAUUAUUCCCAUCGCUAUGGUUAAGGGACCUUUAUCAAUUGCAGGCCUACAGGGUAUGAAAAUUCAGGGUUCCCAAAGAAUCAUGCCUAUUCUAAAGUGAAGAUGUUCCACAUGAUGAAGCCGAAAGCACCAUAAACAAUGAAAAGAAACAGUAGUGACAGAGACAAAACCCCACCCAUAGGACAAUGAUUUUCUCUCCCUUACUAUUCAAUUUUUCCUUCUUUAAAUGAUUUAUCUUUCACCAACUAAUGGCAAUGAAAUCUUCCUCCUCCCUUUCUUUUUCUCAUCCCAAGACUGUGAUGGGAAGACAAGAAGUUUUACCAAACAGGGCAAAAUGACUUGGAUACCAAUCGAGCCAAGAGAGAGAUUUGUUCCUCCGUUUAGCCUCCAUUUGUGACCAAAGAGAAAAUGUGAGACGGAUGGCUACGUAAUAUCGGUGCUAGUGUUAGUGACCCUCGAAUAUUGUAACCGGAAUGCGACCGAAAAUCAACUCGGAAUGCGACCGGAAAUUACUUGUGAUUUUCUAUGAAAUUACCAACUCGAGAAGAAAAAGGGACUAUGGGUUUAGAAUUCACAAGGGCGCCAAAAUAUUUUAACCGGGAAACAUGGAUGCUCUGAUUGAAAACGCAAGACAUAAUGAGCUAAAGGUCCAAAAAUUAUAGAAUCUCAUAAUGACAAUGCAAGCAAAAAAGCAUAAAAGCACCAAACAGGAACAAUCUAUCUGCCAACCCUGGACAAAGACCUUGGAUCUUCACCACUUUUCUUCCUCCACACUCCCAAAGUCAUCAGAUGCAAAUAUAAAGCACAACACAAAAAAGGGUUCUAUUCACUCUCGCUCCACCUAAGAUCGUCCGGAUAUGGCCUCGGCGGCUCCGGUCGCGAUUGGUACGCGGGGCACGGUAGGCUCACUCGUGAGGAAGGAAAUCGAGUACUUCAGCAAGGUCCGCGGCGAUACUAGUUCGCAGGUGGAAGAGGCUGCUUCGAGGAGGGGGUAUUUCAGACUCGGUUUUCGGUUCUUCGCAACACCGUGGAGGAGGAAGAAGCAGCUCGUGCCGAGGAUAUGCUCGGUCGUGGAAGUCGCGGAGAGGAACUACGGGGUGAGGAGUGAAAUCCCAGGUUUCCAUUACAGGGUGCUCAAGAAUGAAUUGUAAGGAGACAAAAGAGGCCAAAUUCAGGAGAACGGUUUCAAGCCAAAGCCCAGUCACUUCAUCAAGCUGCGAGCAAGUUAAAAGAAAGCCACCAUCACUUUGUUCUUGGGUGAACUCACUUUGGAUUUUCUGAUCCAAAACCAUUCUUCUUGUCUUCCUAUUUCAGAAAGUCAUCACUUCAUUCACAUGACUUUAGUAGGAUCUUGCUGCUUGUAUAGCUAUUUCACAAACACUUUGAUUUGUUUUCUGAAGUGUCGACCCCAGCAGGUCGGGAUUGCUUCUCUUGA